AACUAUUCCCACAGAGAAAUUUCUUUUGGUAAUAGCAAAUGGGAUUAUAGAAUACUAUUUGAUUAUUAUUUUAGUUCUUUAAUUUUAGAUAAGCAAAAAUGUGUUGUCCACCCCAGUUGGUUUGGCUUCUUCUUCUAAUUUCAAUAGGUUUUAGCAGAAGUGUUACCUUCAUUGGCGAUGAUCCUGUGGUACAGCUCUCCUUGGGCAAAAUUCAAGGAGGAACAAUGCAGAGCUUCAAGGGAAAGACAAUCUACGCCUUUAGAGGUAUACGAUAUGCACAGCCUCCAGUUGGUCAGCUGAGGUUUGCUAAUCCCCUUCCUGAAACUAGCUGGGGUGAUGAAGUGCUAAAGGCCACGUCCGAUUCCCUAGUUUGCCCGCAACCAGGAAUAACUUUGUUUAUGAGCGAAGAUUGCCUUAAACUAAAUGUUUUUACAAAGAACUUCGAUGCCAGUAAUCUACUACCAGUAAUCGUUUACAUACAUGGAGGAGCCAAUGUCCUGGGAAGUGGGCAUAGUGUCUACGAGGCUGGUCCGCAAUACUUGCUGGAUUACGAUGUGGUUUUUGUGGCCUUCAACUAUCGCCUUGGAGCUCUGGGAUUUCUCAGCACAAAUAGCAGCGAGACGAAGGGAAACUUUGGUUUCUUAGAUCAAGUGAUGGCUCUGGAAUGGAUCAGGGAGCACAUAUCUCACUUUGGUGGUGAUCCAGAGUUGGUGACUAUAUUGGGAAUGAGUGCUGGAUCAAUGGCAGUAAGUCUACACUUGGCCUCGCCUCUUUCCACAGGUCUCUUCCAUCGGGCCAUCCUCAUGAGCGGCUCGGCCACCAAUCACUUUCACAUAGAUAACCUUUUCUGGACACGUAAACUAGCUCGUGAAUUGGGUUGUCCCAUGUAUAAUCCCAACGAUGUGGUGGAGUGCCUUCGAAAUGAGACCUGGGCACGCAUUGUGGAAGUCUGCAAGGCAUGGGAAACUUAUCAGUUUGUUAACAUGAAAUGGAACUACGAGAUCGAUGGAAAUUUUCUACCAGGGCAUCCUACGGAACUAAUUGAGAAGGGAAACUUCAACAAGGUCCCUUUGCUGAUUAGUUUUACGGCCAACGAAUUGGACUACACCGCUAAUGUUCAUUUGGGAAACGAGCAUUUACUUCAUGAUCUUGGCUUGAACUUUGUGGAUUACGCUCCGGAGUUGUUUCUGUACAGCCAAAAUACAGUCAUUGGUCAGUGCCUCAAGGAUUUUUACCUGGGAAACAUAUCUGAAAUCAGUUCAGAAAACGUAGAAGAAUUUGGAAGAAUCUUCUCUGAUGGAAUCAUAGGCCAUGGAGUCCAUCGUCUUGUCCAACUGGCCAGACACUUUACUCCCGUUUAUUAUAUGCGCACGGACUACGUGGGUGAUCGUAGUAUCUCAGCUCCUGUGAACGAGGAAAAUAAAGCUCUGGGAGUGGGACAUGCUGAUGAUCUGCAAUAUGUAAUGCCAGGUCUUUGGUAUGGCACUAUGAUGGCAGAAGAUCAUUUGGAUAUUUUCAUGGUGGAGCGUUUAACCAGCUGGUUUACACACUUUGCCAAAACGGGGACACCCCUAAACACCACCGAUAUCUGGCCGCCAUGCAACUCAUCGGACUUGAAGAUGCUCUACAACGGGGUGGUGACCCAGGUGGGUUCUCCCGGCUUUACCGAUCGAUAUGCCGUCUGGGAUGAACUGUUUCCCACGCCCGCCCGGAGCGGAGGCGCUCCCUGGAAACUUAGCUUUGCCAUCGCCGUCGCCACUGGUGUGGCCUCCCGGCUCAGCGGAAAAUUAAUGUAG